UUUAAAAAAAGAAUAAGAGAACAGAAUGAGUCCUAGCCUGUUCUGAGCCUGCUUUCAGUCUGGGGAUCCUUGGAGGUAUUGUUUUCCAACUUUGACUUUUGGAGUUCCAGGGAGAUAAGGCUUCAACUGAGAUAACCAGAAUCAGGUCACCUAGGUGAGGAGUCCCAGACUCUGCCAGUCAUCAAGGAGCCUGAAGAAAGUGAAGCUUAGUGGCAGAGUUGUAACGUCAGAUCAACAGAGGAAAGAGUUCCAGGUGCUGCCAAGCGUUGAGGUCUGUGGGUCCCAAUUGGCCAGCUGUCCCCAACACAAGUCAUGCCUCACGGUCAGAAGAGUGACAGCUGCAACCUUAAGGAAGACCUUCAGGCCCCAAGAGAGGCACAGGGCCUGGUAGGUUUACAGGUUCCUAUAGUUGAAGAGGAAGAAGCCACCAGCACCACCACCACCUCCUUCUCCUCUCUCUCUCCUUUGAUCCCUGGCUCUCCAGAGGAUUUGCCUGCCCCUGGUAUUCUUAGUCUUUUUCAGAGUUUCCAGAGAGCCUGUUCCUCCUCCACUGCCCACACAGUCACUCUAUCAAGCCUCCAGGAAGAGGAUCCAAGUACCUUGCAGACUCCACCAAAUCCUGAGUCCUUGUUCACUGAAGUGCUACAAAAUAAGGUGUACGACUUGGUGCAGUACCUGAGUAUCAAGUAUGCCACAAAGGAGCCCACCACAAAGGCAGAAAUGCUAGAGAGUGUCAUCAGAGAGCACAAGGAUCACUUCCCUGUGAUCUUCAAGAAAGCCUGUGAGUGCCUAGAGGUUAUCUUUGGCAUUGAAGUGAAGGAAGUGGACCCCACCAGCCAUUCCUAUGUGCUUGUCAAAUCACUAGACCUCACCUACGAUGGGAUGCUGAGUGAUGACCAGGUCAUGCCCAAGACCGGCAUCCUGAUACUUAUCUUGGGCAUAAUCUUCAUGGAGGGCAACCGAGCCUCUGAGGAAAGAAUCUUGGAAAUUAUGAAUAUGGUUGGAGUGCGUGAUGGGAAGAAUAAUUUUAUCUAUGGGGAUCCCAGGAAGCUCAUCACCAAAGAUCUAGUGCAGGAAAAGUACCUGGAGUACCAGCAGGUUCCCAACAGUGAUCCUCCACGCUACGAGGUCCUGUGGGGUCCCAGGGCCCAUGCUGAAACCACCAAGAUGAAAGUCCUGAAGUUUCUAGCCAGGAUCAAUGGGACUGACCCCACUUCCUUCACAAACUUGUAUGAGGAAGCUUUGAGAGAUGAGAGAGAGAAAGCCCAGGCUGAAGUUUCCUCGGAUGAUACUAUUGCCACAACCGAUGAAAGUUCAGGUGUCCUGUCCAGCAGCUUCUCCUGCCCUGAGUGAAGUCUGAAGCUUACCAUUCUUCACUCUCCAUUUGAAUGCAGCGGCCAAGGUUCUAAGUAGUGGAGGACCAGGGUGGAUAUGGAGGGAACACCUUAGUGUUCCUGUUCAAUAUAGGUGAUUUGGAGAUUUUUAUCUUUUUUUUUGUUUAAA